UCAAUGGCAGAUCACAUGAAACUAAAAUUUCAGAAGUAUUGGGAGGAAAAAGGCAAUCUGAACUACUUGUUAUUCAUUGAUGUCAUCUUAGAUCCCAGGUAUAAGCUUCAGUAUCUGAAAUUCUGCUUAGACAUUCUGUAUGGACCAUAUGAGGGCAAGGAAUUAGCUGAGAAGAUUGAAUCAACUCUUGAUGAAUUGUUCUGUUGGUAUAUUAAAAGUGUUAAUGCCUCUUCUAGCAACAGAGGUUCAAAUCAAGCUCCAAUUCACAUAAGUGUAGGUGAAGAGGAUGAAGAGAACCCAUGGGACAUGCUAGCAUCUCAAUUUGAGCAACACAUGGAAGAGAUUGAGAGUGAACCAAAUGAUUCAGAAUUAACAAGCUAUCUAGCUGAGAAGCGUGAGAAGAGGGCUAAAGAGUUUGACAUACUGGAGUAUUGGAAAAUGAGCUCAAAUAAGUAUCCUGUACUGUCGCUCUUGGCAAAGGAUGUGCUAGCUAUUCCUGCUUCCACAGUGCCUUCGGAGUCAGCUUUUAGCACGGGUGGACGCAUUAUAGAUCCACUUCGCUGUAGCCUAUCGACUAGCACAGUCGAAGCUUUAAUCUGCGCACAAAGCUGGCUACAUACAUCUCAUAGCAAAGUAAGUGCAAGAGAGGCUGCUGAAGAGGUUCAGACAUAUGAGGAGAUUAGAGAAGAGUUUAUUUCAAAGGACCGCACAGAUAAUCAACAUUGCAUUGGUAUGUUCCUUUAUCUGUGACUUUUGCUCCUUUGCUCCAUUGCAUUGGUAUGUAACUUUGACUUUUGCUGCAGAUUUAACUAAGUUGGAAGCAUAGUAAUUUCUGAAAAGAAGCCUAUUAUGUUUCUGACAAGGUAUGGUGAUUGUCUGUAGGGUCUGAAUCUAACACAGGAUGGAUGGUUCACUUUUU